CUGCUGUACUGCAUUGCCUCUACUCGACAGUACACAGGAGGGUGCCACGGAUGACAACCAGAGCCCUGAGGCACGGACAAGAGUUUAAAGAAAAAGUGCCAUGUCUUCCCCAAGUGCCACUUCUAACCCCCUGAGCAUCCUGGCGCCUAAGAGGAAGACUAAGAAGAAGCACUUUGUCCAGCAGAAAGUGGAGGUUUUUCGAGCCAGUGAUCCCGUGUUGAGCGUGUUGAUGUGGGGAGUCAAUCAUUCGAUUAACGACCUGAGCGAGGUGCCCGUACCUGUCAUGCUGCUGCCAGACGAUUUCAAAGCCAGCACGAAGAUCAAAGUGAACAAUCACUUCUUCAACAAAGAAAACCUCCCAGGACAAUUCAAAUUCAAAGACUACUGUCCGCAGGUGUUCAGAAACCUGCGAGAACACUUUGGAAUUGAGGACCAAGACUACCAGGCGUCUCUUGCCCGCAGUCCUCUGUUUAAAGACGAGGAGGGGCAGUGUGUGGGGCUGCUGCUCAUAUCAUACGACCGCACCUUGGUAGUUAAGGAAAUCUCAAGCGAGGAGGUGGAAGAAAUGCACAACAUCCUCUCUGAGUAUCACCAGCAUAUUGUCACCUGUCACGGAAGCACGCUGCUCCCUCAGUUCCUGGCUAUGUACAGAGUCACUGUGGAGAGCGAGGACACCUACCUGUUAGUGAUGAGGAACAUGUUCAGCCACCGACUGCAUGUACACCGGAAGUAUGACCUCAAGGGCUCUGGGAUGUCUCGUGAAGCCAGUUUUAAAGAGAAGGUGAAGGAGUUGCCUACAUACAAAGACGUCGAUUUCAGGAAUAACAUGCAAAAAGUUUAUGUGAGUGAUGAGGAGAAGGAGAAGAUUAUGGACAAACUCAACAGAGAUAUUGAAUUUCUGGUGCGUAUGAGGAUCAUGGACUACAGCCUGCUGCUCGGCAUUCAUGACGUCGAGCGGGCUGAGAGGGAGGAGGAGGAGGAAGACAUGGAGUCAACUGACGAAGAUGAAGAAGAAGAUGAAAAUGGCCUGGUUCCAGCUUCAGGCUCCACCUCUCCUGAGGGCAUCAGCGGCUACAUGAACUCCUUUAAACCCAUGGGUCCUGGGGAGUUUGACCCUUACAUCGAUGUGUAUGCUAUCCAGUGUGCUCUAGGUGCCCCCCACAGGGAGGUGUAUUUUAUGGGCCUGAUUGAUGUGCUAACACAGUACGACACCAAGAAGAAAGCCGCUCACGCUGCCAAAGCUGUCAAACAUGGGGGAGGAGCAGAAAUCUCAACAGUUCACCCUGAGCAGUAUGCCAAACGUUUCCGUGAGUUCAUCACAAAGAUCUUUGCCUAAUCAAAGGAUUCGACCCAGGUCAUUAUUUGAAUAU